AUGAACCCUCUAUUAUUUGAAGAAGCAGUAUAAAAAUUUUUAAAUUUAAUUUUCAGCUUGGAGAAGAGGAUGAAUAUCAACGAUUAACAAAAAUAAGUGAUGCAAUUAAACUAGUAGCAGGAGCUAUUAUGAGAAUUAGAACUUUUAAUAAUUGGCAGAUAUUAAAAUACAGUAAAAAAUAUGAAAGAAUUAUUUAGUGAUUUGUUCCUAUCCUUUUUAGCAAGAAGUAAUAUAAUUGUUGAUGAAUACAAUCUUUGACUAUUUUUAAGAUAUUGAUUUUCUAAAUGCUUUUGAAAAAGCUUUACUGGAAAUUGCUUAAUUGAAAGAGUAAAGAGUGUUUCUAAGCUCUCGAUCCCAAUCAUUAAGGAUUGGUGUUCUUCAGCAAAAGUACAAAAAUAUUUCAAUAAUAAUUAGUUAUAAUAAUGUUAACAUACGAAAAGAAUAAUUAAAAUAAAGUGCUAUACCAUUUGCAAAGGCUGUUAUAGAGUAAUUGACAGUAGCUAAAAAAUUUGCAGCAUCUUUUAUUAAAAAAUACAUAUUAUUAGCAAAAAUAUUAGAUGAAGAUAUUAAAUAAAGAGUAUACAUAAUAAAGGAUUUUGUAGUAAAUACUAGAGAUCAUCAUUUUAUAAUACUUUUAAUUAAUACAUUUGAAGAAUUAAAAUAAUCUGAAUUAAAAGAUGAGCAUUGGGUAGUUCAUUUUGAUCACGAAAUUGAAUAAUGUAUAUAUACAUAUAAAUUAUAUAUAGAUUGUUAAUAACAUAGUAUAUUAGUCCCUCAUUUUAUAGAAAAGUAUAAUAAGCCUCAGUAAUAUAAUAAUAGUUCAUCUGGAAGUGAAUAAGAUGAUGAUGAAGAUGAUUCAUCAUCAUAAAAAUCAUAAUCCUAAUCAAAUUCUGGAAGUGAUAAACAAUCCAUAAUUGAUGAAGAAGAAAUGAUGUAAAAAUGGAUAGCAUAAAAAUCCUUUAUUAUGGAAUAAUAAUAAAUUGAAACCUUUUCAAAAGAUGAAAAUAUAUUUGUAUUAAUAAGUUUCAUUUUAAAUCCAAAUGAAGAAAUUAUAGAAGAUUGUUGGGUAAUAUUAUUUAAUAUUUAAAGAAAGAUUAAUAUCCUAUUUAAGAUGUUAAUGAUGAUGAAUUAUCUAAUAAAAUUAAAAAUUAAAAAAUUGAAUUUUAUGCCAUUGUGAGAUCCUAUAAAACUGCAUAAAUGUUUCAUCAUAGAUAGAAUAUUGAAAAAUUGUAAUAAUGCAAUUCAAGUUUUCUAUAGAAGUUUUGUAAAAUUAAUAAAAUAAAUUUUAGAUAAAAAAACUUUUGAAGCUUUUUAAAAUAAAAAUAGAAAUUUAAAUUUAUAUCAUUUAGCCUUAACUAUAGAUUCUUUUUUAAAUGUAUUUCCUAAAACUUCUAUUGCUCUAAUUUUAGAAAAUUAAAUAUUAUUCUCUUUAUCUAAUUAUAUUUUCAAUCCUCUAAUUAUGGGAUUAUUAAUUGAUAUACAUUAAAUUUAAUAUAAUAAAUAUGAUUUUGAACCUGCUUUUAUUGAAUAAAUUUGGAAAUAUUAACUCUUUACUGAUUGGUUUAUGUGGUUAUAAAAUUUAUUAUUUGAAAAAGAAAAUGAUUCAAAAUAAUUAGAAUAACAAUUUAAAGGAGAAAAUAUUGUAAUAAUCUUAUUUAUUUUAGGAAUUUAUCAUUAAAUCACUUAAGGAAUUUGCUAAAAAAGAAUAAAAAAUAUCAAAACCAAAAAUAUCAGAUGAUAAUAAAAUUAAAUUAACUUCUUUGUUUGGAUCCUUAACACCUGGAAAAAGUUUAAUUAAAUAAAAUGUAAAAGAUUAUGAAAAUUGGAAAUUGAACUUAAAAUAAAAAGAACAUUUAACAAUUGAUGAAUUUAACAAUUAAGAUUAUGAUAAUUUAAUGGAAUUUAUAAAAUAAAGAGAUUUAAGCUAUAAAUAAUAAUUAGAAAAGAAAAUUUAGGAAGAUUUAUAAAUCUAGAUUGAGAAUAUAUAAUUAAAAAGAACCUCAAGAAUUCGAAUGUCUUAGGCAAAUAGUCAUCAUUAGUAUUAAUCACCAAUUUCUAAUUCUAAAUUAAUUUUAUAGAUUAACUCAUCAAAUUAAAGUCAAAAUAAUAGUUAACCAAAUAGCAGUCGUUCAAUUAAAUUACCAUCUAUUUAUGGAAAUACUUAAUAGAUUGAAUCGAAAUAUGGUGUGUUAUCUAGUUUUAGUUCUUAAGGAGAUAUUAAUUUUGAUUAAAAAACUAGAAAUUUAAGUAAUUUUGGAUAAUCUCCUAAAAGUAGCAAACUUAAUAUAGCUAGUCAAAGAAGACUAAAAACAGAAAAUGAUGAAAUUGCUACUCAUACUAUUUAAUCAAAUGAUGGAUUUUCUAGUAGUAGAUUGUUAACUAUUUAUCCUUCUAAAUAAGCAAAAAUUAAAUUUGAAUAAUCAAAGAUUGUUUAAAAAUAGGAUUAAAUUAUGGUAGAAAAUUGUUUAAAUUUCUUUAGUGAAAUACUUAGAACAAUUUUAAAUUAUUUUUAAUAACCUAAUAAGACUAAUUUAUAAUAAUUAAAUGAACAAAUUCUAAUAUAACAAAUUUUGAGUAUGAGUUUCCUAAAUCAAAUAUUUGAAUUAUAUUUAUCUAGCUUAAUUGAUUAAAAUAUUUAAUAAUAAAAAAUAGGAGAAAAUUGUGGAUAAAUGAUUAAUCUAAUUUAUCAUAAAUCACAUCAUAUUGAAUCAUUUUAAUUAUUAAAAGAAUAAUUGAGAACUAUUUUUUUAGCCAACGUUGAUAAUUUAACUAGAGCAAUAGUAGCAAUAAAUAAAUAAAUUAGAUGUGCAUCAAAAUUUGUUAAUAAAUUUUAAUUAUAACUUCUUUUAUCAACUUAUUUCUAUGGAUUUAAUUUAUUUAGUAUACAUACUUAAUUAAUAAGUACAUCAAAUAUUUAUAAACAUUUAAAUGAAACAGUAAUGCAUAUUUUUAUAAUAUGGUUUUUUGAUAGUCAAUAAAAUAAUUGUUAUUAAUACUUUUUUGUAAAAUUUUUAACAAUUUUAUUUGCUAAAGCUCCUACAUAAUCACUCAGCAAUAUUUUAUUUAAUCUUGGUUUAAUAAACUCUAUAUAUAAUGCAUUUUAAUCAUUUUGGAUAAAUGGUAUGAAAAGUAGAUAUUUUGAAUCAGGAGUCUAUUUUUAUAUGAGGAUGAUUAUUUAUCUUAUAAAUAAAUCAUUAAAUCAUAGGAAUAUGACAAUUUUAUAAGAAUAUUUAUAACCUUUAGAAUCAUGGAAAGGUGUAUAUAAAUUAAUUCCAGAUGAAGAUUCUAAUUAUAUGGUAGAAUUAUAAGAACUUUUAAAAACAGGGUAAACUCCAAUUCGAAGGAUUUAACUUAAAAGAACAAAACUUGAAAAAUUAAAAUCUUAACUAACUGUUGAUUGUUUUGAUGCUAAAUUAAGAGAAAUAAAAUAAUUUGAAUAGGCUUAACAAGAUAAGUUAAAAUAAUCUUAAACACCAAAAAUAGUGUAAUAAGGAAAAAAAAUGUAACAUAGAUUAAGUUAAAGAUCAUUUAAAAAUAGAACAAGUUUAAAAAACGAUAAUUGA